CGGGUGGAGUUGGGCUUUAUUUUUAAGCCGACCCGCUUUGUCUGCUUCUCGGCCUAAAAAGAAGAGGGGGUGCGGGGUUUGUGGGGCCCCCCCCUCGCCUGCCCCGACCGACCCUCCGUCGCGCUGCUCCUCUGCGCUUUUGGCGGUUCCAAGAAGGGGAAAUGGGACGCUGUCAUAAAAGGGCUCCCGCAGUCCCCCCCAGCCAGAUGAUGCAUUCGUCCGGGCACGGCGGCCCUAAAAGAUGGAUGGUGAUAAUUCUACAACAGAUGCUUCACAGCUGGGAAUUGCUGGAGAUUAUAUUGGUGGUAGUCACUAUGUGAUCCAGCCUCAUGAUGAUACUGAGGACAGCAUGAAUGAUCAUGAAGAUACAAAUGGUUCCAAAGAGAGUUUUAGAGAACAAGAUAUAUAUCUUCCUAUUGCAAACGUGGCAAGGAUAAUGAAGAAUGCUAUACCUCAGACAGGAAAGAUUGCUAAAGAUGCAAAGGAAUGUGUGCAGGAGUGUGUCAGUGAAUUCAUCAGUUUUAUUACAUCAGAAGCAAGUGAGAGGUGUCAUCAAGAGAAACGGAAGACAAUAAAUGGAGAAGAUAUUCUCUUUGCUAUGUCUACUCUGGGGUUUGAUAGCUAUGUUGAACCAUUGAAGUUGUAUCUUCAGAAGUUUAGAGAGGCAAUGAAGGGAGAAAAAGGCAUUGGUGGAACAGUUACCACAGCAGACGGCCUUAGUGAGGAGCUCACAGAGGAAGCAUUUACUAACCAGUUGCCAGCAGGUUUGAUAACUACAGAUGGCCAACAACAAAAUGUCAUGGUUUAUACAACGUCCUAUCAACAGAUUCCUGGUGUUCAGCAAAUUCAGUUCUCAUGACUUGAAGGCUUUAGACAAGUAAGAAAUAUUAACAAGGAAUGCUAAAGAAAAGAGAACUUGAAUUUGAAUUGGCUAGCGAAGAAAGAAAUGUCACUUUGUAUAUUCAAUAGUUGUAAUGUAGCUUCCUGAGGCUUGACUAACUGAGAUGUGAACUCUGAUUCAAACCUUUUUUCAGGAGUGAUUUUAAAAGAAAUUGGAUUUUAAAGGUAUUAAAAUAUUUUUUUUGUUUUGUACAA